CAACAACGCUAGUCGAGAACAGCAGAGAGAGAGAGAGAGAGAGAGAGAGAGAGAGAGAGAGAGAGAGAGAGAGAAACUGAGUGAGGGAUUGAAGCAACAAGAUCAACCAUCCAUCGUUCGCCUACACAGCUUCUAGAAAAAAGGAUUUUUUUUCUUGGUCUCUAGCAAGGCUGGAAGAUGUACUGAUGCACUGGUGAGCAGAGCGGAAAAACAACAAGAAAGAAGUGAUAGAUACAGAGAGAGAGAGAGAGAGAGAGAGAGGGACCCAAAGAUGCUGUAGCACCCUGCCUCCUCACAUAAUGUGCUCCUGAAUGAAGUUUGCCUCGUCUUCUGUCUUGUCGACCCCAGGAUGUAAACACACAGAGCGAGAGAGAGAGAGCGCAAGCUGCAGGAAGGUGUGUGCGUGACACACCAGGUUGCUCUGUUGGAUUUCCAUAGCAACUGGAACUGUCUGGAAACUUUUUACAAACCUCGUCACAACAUCACAAAAGAAGACCAGUAGAAUCAUUGAGACAAGACCACGGAAGGUUCCACUAUAUGUUACUAUAUGUCAUUUGUGUUAAUGAACUUCAAGGGAAUACAAAAACAAUAGAAAACGAUAGACAUCCAAGUGAACAGAAAGAACCACCAGAACUGCAACAAAGAAAAGAAAAAUAUAUAUUAUAACAAAAUCCUAUACCACACUACAAAUAUACCUAGAGACUGUGACUUCUCAUAGGUCGAGAAAAACUAAACAAUAAAAAAAGAUACCAUUAAAAAUUAAAUACAUUGCAAUGAGAUUUCUGCAAGUCCACCUGCUCCUCGGAGUCACCAGCGCUCUGGUCAUCCAGUCUGUGCCCUGGAAGGUCCCCUGUCCUCGGCAGUGUGUGUGCCAGAUCAAGCCCUGGUAUUCUCCUCGCUCGGUUUACAAAGAAGCCCCCACCGUGGACUGCAAUGACCUCCUGCUCUCUCGUUUGCCCGAUUCCCUGCCCGCCGAGACCCAAACUCUUCGGCUGCAGAGCAAUCUGAUCAGCUCCCUCGACCAAACAGAGCUCCAGGGGCUAGCAAACCUGACCGAACUGGAUCUCUCUCAGAACAGCUUCACCAGCGCACGACACCUGCGCAUCACGGGAAUGCCCGGACUCCUCUGUCUGCAUCUGGAAGAGAACCAGUUCCGGCACCUCCCAGAGGCUGCCUUCUCAGGUUUCCCAGGCUUGCAGGAGCUGUAUCUCAAUCACAACCAACUAAGGAACAUCUCCCCUGGAGCUUUCACUGGCUUGGACAACCUUCUCCGACUUCAUCUUAACUCCAACCGCCUUUGUGCGGUCGACCGCCGCUGGUUCCAUGCCUUACCUCAUCUGGAGGUCCUGAUGAUCGGAGAUAACCCUGUGGAAGUCAUCCAAGACCUAAAUUUCAAGCCAUUGGGGUCCUUACGCAGCCUGGUCCUGGCUGGCAUGGGCCUGAGAGAGCUCUCGGAGUGGGCGUUCGAAGGAUUAGCCAGUCUAGAGAGUGUUUCAUUCUAUGAUAACCGUCUGACCAAGGUGCCCAAAGAGGCCCUGCAGAAGGUACCCGGGUUGAAGUUCCUGGACCUGAACAAGAACCCCAUCCAGCUGGUUCUGCCUGGAGACUUCAGGGAUAUGCUUCAUCUGAAGGAGUUAGGACUGAAUAACAUGGAGGAGUUAGUUUCCAUAGAGCAGUCAGCUCUAGAGAAUCUGCCUGAGCUAACCAAACUGGAGAUCACAAACAAUCCACGACUAUCUUACGUCCACCCACAAGCUUUCCAGCGCCUGUCCAGCAUGGAGAGUCUGAUGCUUAAUAGCAAUGCCUUGAGCGCUCUACACAGACAGACCAUACGUUCCUUACCUGGUCUCCAAGAGAUCAGUCUGCACACCAACCCUAUCCGUUGCGACUGUCUGAUCCGUUGGGUGGGUGCUGAAGACGAUAGGCCUGUCCGUUUCAUUGAGCCUCAAUCCACGUUCUGCUCAGAACCACCGGAGCUCAAGGCAAGAAGGGUGAAGGAGGUCUCUUUUAGAGAGAUGGCCAACAGCUGCUUGCCUUUAAUUGCCCCAGGAACUUUUCCUUCUCAUGCACGGGUCAGGCUUGGUGAGAAUCUGGCUCUACAUUGUCGGGCCUUAGCAGAACCAGAACCCAGCAUCUAUUGGGUCUCUCCCACAGGCCAAAAACUUUCCCCAUCUGAAAGUUAUGGACGAUACAAGGUUGGAUCUGAGGGUACUCUGGAGGUCUUUCGGGUUACCCUAGAAGAGGCAGGACUUUACACUUGUGUGGCACAGAAUUUGGUUGGGGCCGACACCCGCAGCGUUGCUGUGAAAGUUAUCGGGGUUGGGAAGUCUUUGAUAAGUAGCAUCAAGAGAGGCGGUAAUAGCAUAAUUCUGCAGGCACGGGAAGUCUCAACACAAUAUGCUCUGGUUACCUGGCCAUCCAGACAAAACGUCCCUUCAGCAUGGCUCUCCUGGUUGGCUAACAGAAGUGCUGAAGACCAACACAGUGCCCGACUGCUAGCAGGAACCAGAGGCUUUAACCUGACACACCUGAAGCCCAACACCGAGUACAGGGUGUGCCUGCACCUUGGUCCAAACGAUACCUCCUGCCUUCAUUUCAGGACUAAAGAAGCCGCAGCCACUGCUGUAUCUCCCGACCUGACCCCUGCAGCUCUUCUUGCAACCUCUGCUUUGCUCCUGCUGCUGGCAGUCAAAGCUUGCCAAGGAGGGCCCUCUUCCAGCCUGAAAGAAGAGGAGUGCCCAGGGCAGGAACAAUCGGAGAAGCCAAGCAUCUGCCCCCCAGUGCCCACAGCAGGAGAGUGCCAUCUGGACAUCCAGCAGUCUCAGAAGCAGAACUCGGCUAAAGACUGCAGCAGUGUUGACAAUGCCAGCAGCACUAGUGACAAUGUUCAGAACAUUCAGCCACAAUCGUGCUGAGUUGGGCAGACCGCAGCUGUGAUGCUACACCAACAACGGUCUCAACGACCCCCUCUCCUUCUGAACAAAAAAGAACGGAUUGAAACUAUACCAGAUGGAUGUAGCUUUGCAUUAGAAACAGCAAAAGGAACACUUUACCAGUACAGUGUUUUAAAAGGAAGACAAUAUGAUUUGUAUGGUUUUUAAAAUGAGGGAUUGGGGUGGAAGAAAUAUAUUACUCAAGAUGUUUUCUUUAAUAUAUAGAAUUAAAUAAGUAUGUAGGCUAAAAGGAGACAUGUUUUAAGUUAUCUGUGUCAGUGCUGCACCAGUUGGUUUCUCUUAGCACUAUACCCAAACUUGAUAAGUACCAUCAGUUCUGUGAUAUAGUUUGAGAGGAUCCUCUCAAUCCUAUUCCUUGUCUGGAUUGGGUACUGUCAGGGCAGUGACUAGAGAAUAAUGAUAAUCAGAUUCCUUACAGCAUACUGCUUAGUGAAGAUAUUCAACACACACACGCACCCACAGUGUCUGGACAAUUCCCAGUCAAUGAUGCAGACAAUUAUCACACAGUGAGUUCCCAGAAGUCCCAUCUCUGCUCCAUUUACUAUACAUUGGCACUUAAAAUGACAUUUGAAAAGUUCAAAACACUGAGUGUAACUGCUCACGCUAAAAGACUAAAGCAUCUCCACUUAGUCUACUUCCAACCAUGACUAUAACAAUGGAGUAUUCCCCAAUAUAUACUGCACAACGGAAUACAAUAGCCCAAAAAAAUUCCCCCUUACUGGUAUCUUGUAUUGUAUAUCCCAUUAGGUCUAAAUGUCUUUCUAUUGAAGAACAUUGACUGAUUACAGAGAGUGAUCUCUCGUGAUCUGAUCUGGAGUUUAUUUAGGGGGAUAAGGGAUAAGAUUAAAUAUCAACACUAGGUAAUAUUAUUGUCAUGUUGUUUUCCCCAAUUCACUGUACUCUUCAGAUACUGUGCUUGUUCUGUAAAUCACACUCUUGAGGGGUGGAGGUAGUCUACCAUUGCCAAAAACACAGAGGGAAGGGCGGAACCAGAUCCAAAAAGAAACCCCAAAAAGGUUUCUCCAACCAAUCAGAGAGCUACUGCUGGGAGGACUGCGGUAUCACAACCAAUCACAAACAUACAAAGAGAUCCAAUAGCCAAUCAAGAGUUAGUGCUGGGUUAAACCAGAGAUCAACAGAGGAUUAACCUGGAUCCACACUUUCCUUUGAAGCGGUGCUUGUUGAGGUUCCCAUUAACAAGAUGUCUCUGCUUUGUUUGAUUUUGUAAAUGAAGUGGUCAGCGUGUCCCCCUAGAUUCAGAAACCCUCUCCCUCCUCAUUUUAGUUUUUUUCUACCUGUGACUGUAAAUAAAAUGUUCUGAAUUUCCUACUCUAUGUGCUGCUCUUAUUACGAUGAGAAUGUAGAUGAUGAUUGUGUGUUAAAUUCUAUUUUGAGCAAUUAUUAAAACUUUUUGGAAUGAAAA